AUGGUUGCACUAAAUCAAGAUUCAAUCACCGUGACUUCAUCGGAUGAGGCGAACACUGCUCCAGACGUUGCGAACGAAGAAGUGGAACUUCCGGAGCUAAGCAUCGAGCAAAAGAAGGAAGCGUUGAAGGAUCUGCUUGCCCAAGGCAAACGCGACUACAAAGCCGGCGAUUACGAAGCAGCUGCUGACAAACUGAGCACUUGCGCCAAUUAUGCUGCCGAAGUGUACGGGGUCUUUGCAAGCGAGUCCUUUGAUCCUCAUUACUACUAUGGACAGUGCCUCAUUGAAUUGGGCCGUAUUGACGCUGAUGUUCUGAAGAAUGCUCUGACCGAUAUUCCUGAAAGCGAAGAGGGGGAUGAAGAAGCUGAAGGCGAAGCAAAGGAGCAGGACAAAGAUGAGACCAUCGGAAAUCCUGACACGCUUACAGUUUAUAAGAAUAAAGCAUACUCAUCAAAAUAA